AUGACGGUUCUAGUAUUGGGCGGCGCUGGUUUCAUCGGCCCGCGGGUCAUCCGAAAAUUGGUUGAACGGGGGGAAGAGGUUUAUGCCACCGACAUUAACCCCCUGCCAGACAUUCCCGGCGUUGAGCGCGACGCCAUCCGCAGCGCCCGGAUUGACAUUACCGACUUCGAACAGGUGACGCGCGCCAUUGUGGAAUCCGAACCCGACCGCAUCAUCAAUCUGGCCUACCUCCUCGGCGGCGGAGAGGGCAACCCGCACCACCAGAUGCGCCUGAACAUUCUGGGAAUGGAUAACUGUUUCGAAGCGGCGCGUCUGCUGGGCGUCAACCGGGUGGUCUACGCCAGCUCGGUGGCGGUCAGCGGCCAGCAGGCCAACUUCGGCGACCGCCUGGCCACCGAAGACGACGGCACCUUCGGCACCAGCCAGUAUGCCGUCCACAAGAUAUUCAACGAAUUCCAGGCCAAGAUGUUCAACGACAACUACGAUAUGUCCGUUACCGGCAUCCGGCCGGCCAACGUUACCGGCCCCGACAAGGUGCGCGGCUCCACCGAUCACGUACGUUGUGUAACGCUGCCAUCCCGGGGCGAACCGGUCAGUUUUCCCUAUCAGGAGAUGAUGCGCCUUCCCAUCCAUGUGGAAGACAUCGCCGAGGCCUUCGUUCGUGUGUCCCUGGUGGACCGCAGCGAAUAUCCGGUCUACAACUCUGGUGGUACGGCCAUCAGCCUGGGAGAUCUGGCUGAAAUGGUGCGCGGCUACCUGCCCGACGCGCAAAUUGCGUUCGACGAUCCGGGCGGCCGGGAGCACUCCGGCAACUACCUGGUGGACAACAGUCGUCUUCUCAACGAGUUCGAAUUGACGUACGCCCCGUUGUCGCAGCGUGUUCUGGAAAUCAUCAACGACGUUCGCGCGGAUGAAGGACUACCCCUCAUCUCGUCCUGA